AUGGAAAACUUAGGAACAUUAUUAUCAUCACUAAGUUUGAAACCUACGAAAGUUGCAGUUAUCACUGUGAUUAUUACAGUUCUGAUAUGGUUUUUUUGGAGUGCACUGGAUUGGAUUUGGUUCACACCAAAAAGAAUAGAGAAACGUUUGAAACAACAAGGUCUUAAAGGAAAUUCAUAUAGAAUCAUGGUUGGAGAUAUUAGAGAUAUGGUGAAAAUGAUCAAAGAAGCUAAAUCUAAACCCAUGGACCCUUACUCUAAUGAUAUUGCUCCUCGUGUUUUGCCUUUUGUUGUUCAUACUAUUGCCAAAUAUGGGAAGAGUUCAUUUAUGUGGCUUGGACCAAGACCUAGGAUAUUCAUAAUGGAUCCAGAUAAAAUCAAAGAAAUGACUACAAAGGUAUAUGAUUUUCAAAAACCAGACAUAAGUCCACUAUUCAAACUUCUAGCAUCAGGCUUUGCAAAUUUAGAUGGAGACAAAUGGGCCAAACACAGAAAAAUUGUCACCCCUGCAUUCAAUGUUGACAAAAUGAAGAUGUUGAUACCAAUAUUUUGUCAAUCAUGCGAUGAUAUGAUAAGCAAAUUGGACAAAGUUGUAGCUUCAUCCAAUGGGUCAUGUGACUUAGAUGUAUGGCCUUUUGUCCAAAAUGUUUCAAGUGAUGUUCUAGCUCGUGCUGGCUUUGGAAGUAGCUUUGAAGAAGGAAAAAGAGUUUUUCAACUUCAAAAAGAAAUGAUCACACUUACAAUGACCCUUUUCAAGUUUGCUUUCAUUCCAGGUUACAGGUUUUUGCCAACUUAUACCAACAGAAGGAUGAAAGCAAUUGACAAAGAAAUAAGAACAUCACUAAUGAAAAUCAUAGACAGAAGACUAAAAGCAAUAAAAGCAGGAGAGCCUACAAACAAUGACUUAUUAGGCAUACUUUUGGAAUCAAAUUAUAAGGAAACUGAAAAGGCUAAUGGUGGUGGAGGAAUGAGUUUAAGAGAAGUGAUUGAUGAAGUUAAGCUAUUUUAUCUGGCUGGACAAGAAGCAAAUGCUGAAUUGCUUGUUUGGACUUUGUUAUUACUUGCCAAGAAUCCUGAAUGGCAAACAAAAGCAAGGGAAGAAGCUUUUCAAGUUUUUGGUCAUGAAAAUCCAGAUUAUGAAAAGAUUGGUCAACUUAAAAUUAUAUCAAUGAUUCUCCAAGAGAGUCUAAGGCUAUAUCCACCGGUUAUCAUGCUAUCUCGAUACCUUCGCAAAGACACAAAACUCGGAGACCUAACACUUCCUGCGGGAGUCGAACUCAUAGUACCUGUAUCAAUAAUGCACCAAGAAAAGGAAUUUUGGGGUGACAAUGCUGGAGAGUUCAAUCCAGAAAGAUUCUCUGAAGGAGUUUCAAAGGCAACAAAUGGCAAAGUUUCUUACUUGCCAUUUGGAUGGGGUCCUAGGCUUUGUAUUGGUCAAAACUUUGGUUUAUUAGAAGCUAAAAUUGCUGUGGCUAUGAUUCUUAGAAAAUUUUCUUUAGAGUUUUCAACUUCAUAUACUCAUGCUCCUUCCUUUAUUAUUACUCUUCAGCCUGAGCAUGGUGCACAUCUUAUUUUGCAUAAACUUUAG